UGACCAAACAAACGACAAACACAAAUUGUCAUUUUGGCAGUAGGGCCUAUAUGGUAAAAGGGGGAGUAUCCUACCACAUAUUUGAAAACCAGCAUUGCCUAAUCAUUCCAUCUGAGUCAGCUUGCAGCAACAUCCCGCUCAGCUUCACCAACCCCACUCAGGAGUUCCCACAGACCUCCAUGCUGCAGGCCUCAGCACAGCAGAUGCCCCAGACGCAGCAGAUGCCCCCAAUGUCAAAUUCCGUCAACAGGGAAAUCUUGAACCAGCGCACCCAGCAACUGAUCGACGACAUCAAUGCCAAGAGAAAAAGGGACACUACUCUGCUGGCUGACUUCAAGAAAGCGAUGGAGCUACAAGCAUCCAGCUCUUACGAAGGCCUCGAGCAGGCCAUGUUCCAGAUGUACGAGGGAAACGGCAAAGCCAUCCAGGAGAAGUUACAAGAACUCUUCGCCACCUUGGACCGCAUCUCCACGCUGGAGAUGGAGCUGGAGCAGUUCAAGACUUCCCUGGGGGCACUCUACUCGGAGAUCCAGGGACCUGCUGCCAGGCCAACUUGAUUAUUCACAAGCCCAGCGUGGAGGGAAGGGAAGUUGAUUUCAUAAUAGACCGAUCCAUUGUGCUUCACCCUGUAAUGUUUUGACUGUGCCACUCACAGCCAAGAACCCUCCCUCUCUGCCUGGCAAAUUCAGCUACGCCAUCACAGCCGUCAAAGUCAAUCAAGUGACUGUUUUUAACAGUUAAGAAUUCCCUUGUCUAUGCUUUGACUGGAGGUGAUUGAUAUGUCAGCUGUAUACCUACAGUACCAGUUACCUCUUUUGUCUGUUGAUGGAAUUUGACCAGUCACAGUGUUUACAUGAAUGUGAUCUGACUGUUUUUUUAACUAGUCUGUAUAUAAAUACAAUGCAAAGAAAGUGGAAGAAAUCUUUAACUGAGCUGUGAUUGAUCAGACAUAUGUUGGACAAAAGCCUUAUGAAUAAAAAAGUCCAACAUGCAUGCAUGCAAUAAUGUGCACGGCUGGAAAAUGCUGUCUGGCAUUGGGGAGGCACGUCAUAGUGGGUAGGGGUUAAUGAAU